UGUUAGAAUACCGUGCGGUAUUGGCAAGCCGCAUGGCUCGACGUGGCUUUAGAUAUACGUUUGUAGCUAACAAUACAUUUUAACCCGCAAACUACAGACUAGUUGGCAACUGGCUAAUUGGUCAUCAAGAUUGUGCAGGCGUCAGUAUUGCGAUAAUAACGGUAGCUAGCAUUGGCUAGUUUACAAGCUAGGCGUGGCAUUCCUAGAUCUAUCCGGUUAUAUCAUUUGGAAUAAGUUGGAAUAAUGGCCUCUCAGAAUAUGGAUCCUGCUGCAGCCACUUCUACUGCAGCGCUGAAAGGUAGCGAAACUGGGGGAAGCGCAGCCCGAGGAUCAGUCUCUAAGAGGCUACAACAGGAAUUGAUGACAUUAAUGAUGUCUGGAGACAAGGGAAUUUCAGCUUUUCCAGAAUCUGAUAACCUUUUCAAGUGGAUUGGGACUAUAGAUGGCGCACAGGGAACGGUUUAUGAAGGUUUGAGGUACAAGCUCUCCUUGGAAUUCCCCAGUGGGUAUCCCUACAAAGCACCCAGGGUAAAGUUCAUCACCCCCUGCUACCACCCCAACGUUGAUGAGCAUGGCUUCAUUUGCCUGGACAUCCUGAAAGAGAAGUGGUCAGCCCUGUAUGAUGUGCGUUCAAUACUGCUGUCCAUCCAGAGUUUGCUCGGAGAACCCAACAACGACAGCCCAAUGAAUGCUGGCGCUGCUGUGCUUUGGGAUGACCAGGAGGCCUACAAAGCCCGUUUGCACGCAACCUACAAGAACUGACCAGUGAGACCUCUGCCUCUCCUUCCGUUUUAUUUUUGUGUGUCUCUCUCUUCCCUUUCUGAUGGCGUACAAUUAUGUAAAUCUUUCAUCGUUUCUGUGUAUGUACAGUUGUUUAUUUUGUAUUAAACAUGUGAUAAUAAAGACAUUUCUGGUAAAAUA